AGGCAGGAAAGUUGCCUGGUCCCGCGAGUUAGUAGCGGGGCCCCGGCGCCGGCCCCGAACAUGGCGGAGCAGCCCGGGGCGCCUCGACCGACGCCGCCGCGGGCAGACGGGCGCUGAGGCGCUGCCCCGGGCCGGGCCGGGCCGCCGGCAUGGCCCGCUGGAUCCCCACCAAGCGCGAGAAGUACGGGGUCGCAAUCUACAAUUACAAUGCUGCCCAAGAUGUUGAGCUGUCUCUGCAGGUCGGGGAUACCGUGCACAUUUUGGAAAUGUACGAAGGUUGGUACAGAGGAUACACGCUCAGAAAUAAAUCUAAAAAGGGCAUUUUCCCAGAAACGUAUAUUUAUUUAAAAGAAGCAACAGUAGAAGACAGAGGACAACAUGAGACAGUGAUUCCAAGCGAAGUGCCCCUUGUGCAAGAGCUCACUUCCACACUGAGAGAGUGGGCAGUUAUCUGGCACAAGCUGUAUGUGGACAACAAGACAACACAGUUUCGGCAUGUUCAGCAAAUGACCUAUAGCCUAAUAGAGUGGAGGUCACAGAUACUGUCUGGGACUCUUCCCAAAGAUGAACUGGCAGAACUCAAGAAGAAAGUCACUGCUAAAAUAGAUUAUGGCAACAGGAUCCUAGGGUUGGAUUUGGUGGUGCGAGAUGACAAUGGAAACAUCCUGGACCCAGAUGAAACUAGUACUAUCACCCUCUUCAAGUCCCAUGAGACUGCAUCCAAAAGGAUUGAUGAGAGGAUCCAAGAAGAGAAAUCUGUGCAACAGAAUUUGGACUUACGGGGGAAGCCUGUAUUUAGUACAACACACACAUACAGUCUCUAUGUAAACUUCAAAAACUUUGUCUGCAACGUUGGUGAAGAUGCAGAAUUGCUUAUGAGCCUAUAUGAUCCUGACCAAUCCAAAUUUAUCAGUGAAAAUUACCUCGUUCGUUGGGGUAGCAAUGGGAUGCCAAAGGAAAUUGAGAAACUUAAUAAUCUCCAAGCAGUUUUUACAGACUUGAGCAGUUCUGACUUGAUCAGGCCUAAGAUCAGUCUGGUGUGUCAGAUUGUGAGAGUGGGGCAUAUGGAACUAAAAGAUGGGAAGAAACACACCUGUGGGCUCCGGAGACCAUUUGGUGUUGCAGUAAUGGACAUUACUGAUAUCAUACAUGGGAAAGUAGAUGAUGAAGAAAAGCAGCAUUUUAUUCCCUUUCAACAAAUUGCCAUGGAAACAUACAUCAGACAGCGACAACUAAUCAUGUCCCCUCUAAUAACUUCCCAUGUGAUUGGAGAGAAUGAGCCUCUCACUUCAGUCUUCAAUAAAGUCAUUGCUGCAAAGGAAGUGAAUCAUAAAGGGCAAGGCCUCUGGGUUUCUUUGAAGCUGCUGCCUGGUGAUUUAGCCCAGGUUCAGAAGGAUUUUUCGCAUCUUGUGGACAGAUCAACAGCAGUGGCUCGUAAAAUGGGAUUCCCUGAGAUUAUUCUGCCUGGAGACGUUCGAAAUGAUAUCUACGUCACACUAGUGCAGGGGGAGUUUGACAAAGGGAAAAAGAAGACUCCCAAGAAUGUAGAGGUCACCAUGUCUGUACAUGAUGAAGAUGGCAAUCUCUUAGAGAAAGCUAUCCAUCCUGGUGCUGGUUAUGAAGGUGUCUCUGAAUACAAGUCUGUUAUUUAUUAUCAAGUGAAGCAGCCUUGUUGGUAUGAAACAGUGAAGGUGUCCAUUGCAAUUGAAGAGGUCAGUCGUUGUCAUUUGAGAUUUACUUUCCGUCACCGAUCAUCACAGGAAUCCAGGGAUAAAUCUGAGAGAGCUUUUGGGAUGGCCUUUGUGAAGCUGAUGAAUGAAAAUGGAACAACACUGCAGGAUGGCAGACACAAUUUAGUCAUUUACAAGGGUGAUAACAAGAAAAUAGAAGAUGCUAAAUUCUACUUAACUCUUCCUGGCACAAAAGGGGAGAUGGAGGAGAAGGAUGGCCCCCCAGGCAAAAACCUACACCAUUUAGCCAGCUUCACACCCAGUAAAGAGAGCACAAAAGACAGCUUCCAGAUUGCCACCCUGAUCUGCUCUACUAAACUGACCCAGAAGGUUGAUUUGCUGGGUUUGCUGAACUGGCGUUCUAACUCUCGGAACAUAGCAUGCAACCUAAAGAAGCUGAUGGAGGUAGAAGGAGGAGAAAUUGUAAAGUUUUUACAGGAUACACUUGAUGCACUUUUCAACAUAAUGAUGGAGAUGUCAGACAAUGAAACCUAUGACUUCCUUGUGUUUGAUGCACUGGUAUUUAUUAUUUCUUUGAUCGGAGACAUCAAGUUCCAGCAUUUUAACCCUGUACUUGAAACGUAUAUUUACAAGCACUUCAGUGCUACUCUGGCAUAUGUGAAACUCACCAAAGUACUGAACUAUUAUGUAGGAAACGCAGAUGACUCCAGCAAGACAGAAUUGCUGUUUGCUGCUUUAAAAGCUUUGAAGUACCUGUUCCGGUUCAUUGUCCAGUCACGAAUACUCUACCUGAGAUUUUAUGGGAAAAGUGAAGAUGGGGAUGAGUUUAAUGAUGCCAUCCGCAAGCUGUUCCUCUCUUUCAAUAUCCUCAUGGACCGGCCGCUAGAGGAAGCUGUCAAAAUUAAGGGUGCAGCUCUGAAGUACUUACCAAGCAUUAUAAAUGAUGUCAAGUUGGUGUUCGACCCUGUUGAGCUCAGCAUUCUCUUCAGCAAGUUUAUCCAAAGUAUCCCUGAGAACCAAUUGGUUCGUCAAAAACUCAACUGCAUGACCAAGGUAGUGGAGAGUGAUCUGUUUAAGCAGUCGGAAUGCAGAGAUGCGCUUCUGCCUCUGCUGAUAGAUCAGCUAAGUGGUCAGCUGGAUGACAAGUCAAAUAAGCCUGACCAUGAAGCCUGCGCACAGCUUCUUAGCAACAUGCUAGAAGUGCUGGAUCGGAAGAAUGUGGGGCCUACUGCAGUUCACAUCCAACUGAUCAUGGAACGUCUGCUAAGGAGAAUAAACCGGACAGUGAUUGGAAUGAACAAUCAGUCUCCACAUAGUGGUAUUUUUGUAGCCUGCAUGACAGCCAUCCUGAGACAGAUGGACGAUUUCCAUUAUAACCACUACAUCAGCACUUUCAAAACCAGACAGGACAUUAUCGACUUCCUCAUGGAAACCUUUAUUAUGUUUAAGGAUCUGAUUGGAAAGAAUGUCUAUGCAAAUGACUGGAUGGUCAUGAACAUGAUGCAGAGCAGGGUUUUCCUUCGAGCUGUGAACCAAUUUACAUCUGUACUCAACCGGUUCUUCCUGGACCAGGCAAAUUUCGAACUUCAGCUCUGGAACAGUUAUUUCCACUUGGCAGUAGCUUUUCUCACUCAUGAAUCCCUCCAGCUAGAGACCUUCUCACAAGCCAAACGCAACAAAAUUAUCAAGAAAUAUGGGGACAUGAGGAAAGAACUUGGCUUCAGAAUAAGGGAUAUGUGGUACAACCUAGGCCCCCAUAAGAUCAAGUUCAUCCCAUCGAUGGUAGGUCCAAUCCUAGAGGUAACCCUUACUCCUGAACCAGAGCUGCGGAAGGCGACUAUCCCCAUUUUCUUCGACAUGAUGCAAUGCGAGUUUAACUUUAGUGGGAACAGAAACUUCCAUAUGUUUGAAAAUGAGCUGAUAACCAGACUGGACCAAGAAGUUGAAGGGGGUCGAGGGGAUGAGCAGUACAAGGUUUUGCUGGAGAAACUCCUGCUGGAACACUGCCGGAAGCAUAAGUAUCUGUCAAGUUCUGGAGAGGUGUUUGUUUUACUAGUCAGUAGUCUGUUGGAAAACCUACUGGACUACAGGACCAUAAUGAACGAUGGAAGUAAAGAGAACCGCAUGAGCUGCACUGUCAAUGUUCUGAAUUUUUAUAAGGAGAAGAAACGAGAGGACAUAUAUCUCAGGUAUUUGUAUAAACUCCGGGACUUGCACAGAGACUGUGAGAACUUCACAGAAGCUGCAAACACUCUCCUUCUCCAUGCAGAGCUUCUCCAGUGGUCUGAUAAGCCAUGUGCCCACUACCUGCUGCAGAAGGACAGCUAUUAUGUCUACUCACAGCAAGAACUCAAGGAGAAACUCUAUCAGGAAAUUAUCUCUUAUUUUGACAAGGGCAAGAUGUGGGAGAAAGCAAUCCAGCUAAGCAAAGAAUUGGCCAACAUGUAUGAGGACAAAAUAUUUGAUUAUCAGGGGCUUGGUCAUCUUUUGAAAAAGCGAGCUACAUUUUAUGAGAAUAUUAUAAAAGCAAUGAGACCUCAACCAGAAUAUUUUGCUGUUGGCUACUAUGGGCAGGGUUUCCCUUCCUUCCUUCGGAAUAAAAUCUUUAUCUACCGUGGCAAAGAAUACGAACGGAGGGAAGACUUCAACCUGAAAUUACUGACCCAGUUGCCAAAUGCUGAGAAGAUGACCAGCACUGCGCCCCCAGGGGAGGAGAUCAAGUCUUCUCCGAAACAGUAUGUGCAGUGCUUUAUAGUGAAGCCUGUGAUGAACCUGCCACCAAACUAUAAAGACAAACCUGUUCCUGAACAGAUUUUGAAUUACUACAGAGCCAAUGAGGUGCAGCAGUUCACAUAUUCCCGGCCAUUCCGAAAAGGAGAAAAGGAUCCUGAGAAUGAAUUUGCAACUAUGUGGAUAGAAAGAACAACGUACACAACUGCCUACUCGUUCCCAGGCAUCCUUAAAUGGUUUGAAGUCAAACAGAUUACAACGGAGGAGAUAAGCCCCGUGGAGAACGCCAUUGAAACUAUGGAGCUAACCAACGAGAAGAUCAGCAACAGUGUCCAACAGCAUGCCUGGGACCGGGCCCUUCCUGUGCACCCACUUUCCAUGCUUCUGAACGGCAUUGUGGACCCAGCUGUCAUGGGUGGAUACACCAAUUAUGAAAAGGCCUUUUUCACAGAGAAGUAUGUCCAAGAACACCCUGAAGACCAUGAUAAAAUUGAAUUGCUUAAACAAUUAAUUGCUUUACAGAUGCCACUGCUAGCAGAAGGGAUUAGGAUUCAUGGUGAGAAACUGACUGAGCAGCUGAAGCCUCUGCAUGACAGACUGACAACCUGCUUCAAAGAGCUGAAGAAGAAAGUGGAGAAGCUCUAUGGUGUGAUAACUCUGCCUUCUUCCUUUACCGAGCGGAAGCAGAGCAGGUCGGGCUCUGUAGUGCUGCCCUACAUCAUGUCUUCCACAUUGAGACGGCUGUCUAUCACAUCUGUGACUUCCUCUGUGGUCUCAACAUCCUCCACCUCAUCUGAGAGCACCUCCUCCAGGCCAGGAUCAGAUGGAUCCAUUCUUGAUCCUUUCUUGGAAAGAAGAACUUCAACUGCUUCCAGGUCUGAGGAGCUGCCUGUCAAAGAAGAUGGUGAUAGCCGGAUUAACAAGUUCAAGCGGAAGGACUGGAGUAUUAGCAAGUCUCAGGUUAUUGUGGAAAAGGAGCCAGACAAUGACUUGACUUCCAAAAUGAGCACGUCGGGAAAAGCGCAGAGGCCAAAGAGUCUUCAAUUAGGAGACAACAGACUGACACUGCUUCAGGGUUCCUCACUCCAGCAGUCAGCACCACUCAGUCCACCAGCGAUCACUCCCAAAACCCCGAGAACCCAAAGUUUUCCCUCACUGCAGACUGAUGGAUUGGCAGCUGCUAACUUUCCGAGCACCCCACCCCCACCUCCACCCAAAAGCAAACCCUAUGAGAACAGCAACCCAAGAAAUUCUACAGAGGUUGCCCCACCGCUGCCCAACAGACGUGAAGUCAAACCCCCCCCUCCACCUCCGAAAGCAAGAAAAUCCAGCGUCCUCUCUUCUGAGCAGGGACUGCAAUGAGGAUUAGCACCCUUCUGCAUGCUCUUUAGCACCUUGAUUGAAAUGGCUGCUUUCUUUUUAUUGACGUGUUGGGUUUCUCCAGCUAUAAAGAUGGGCAAUUUGGCCUUCCUUUCCCAUCCCUUCCCUGGAAGUUUUCCUGUAGGUAAUUGCAAAACAAGCCAUUUGAACUAUGUAUAUUUUAAAUUUCCAACCUUCCAAUUUUACCUACGCAUAUUGAGACACUAACCUUUGGAGAAUCUCCCAGUUUUAAAAUGGAGGCUAUGUGAGCAGGAGCUCAGAGACUGCUCGGGCUGGUUUUCUUGUUUUUUGCCACUAACAUGAAUUCAGCAGUGCCAACAUCUAGAGCUGCUCCACUGGUACAAAACAUGACGUGCACCAGUGUGCACGUCAAGGUAAGUCGCAUCAAUGCAAUACCUUCUGUAUAUUUUUGCUGCAUGUGUACAUUACAGCCUCACAAUUGUGCAGCUACAAUAGUGCAAAAACCGAAAAUGUAGAAAAGCCUUAAUUCAUAUGAAAUGGAUGGCAGCCUUCCCUAUCUGCAAAAUGCAGCCCACCAAGGCAGCAGGCGUCUGCAUGGGAUGCCAUGACUCCAUUCAAGUUGCUUCCUGGAGUUUUGAUUGCAUGCCGAGAUCUAAUGGAAGCAUCAACUGAGCAUCACCUGCCUGAACCAGGCAUUGCUCUAGAUCACUCCUGUGUUUUAAGAACGAUGGGAGGAUUGCCAGUCCUGCUCCAAAAAUAGAGGUAGCUCGCUCCCAGUGGAGAGUGCAGGUUCACCACUUCUCUUUCUACUUUGGCUGUUGAUUGUUCACUUAAUACUGCAAUGCAGUUGAAGCUUGCCUUGAAUAUUGCUAUCUACCAACCCGUACGCACACUGGGACUUUGUACACCAUUUAGUUGAUUUUAACAACUAAGUAAUGGUGUAAGUUUUCACUCCCAUGACAGAUUACUUUAGGAUCAGCUGAGGUUGAAGUUACAAUCAUCUCAUGAAGAUGGGGAGGGAGAGGGAAUUAGGGGGGCAAUGACUUUUGAAGUUAGCAGAUGCAAAAGUGGGCUUGCAAGAAUGUAAAUUAAACUCUUGCCCAAAAAGCUUCAAAUCCAGAUGGUCACAAAUACACUUCCCUUUACAGCACCCAAUUAUUGCAACACUCCAACACUGUGCCUUUUGUCUUGCCGUUUACAUUGUGCUUUGCCCACUAAACACCUGACCAAACUCUUAACAGUCAUUGGACUUGACUAAGUCAUAGUUAUUACUGGGAUGGACAUGAAAGACUUGGCAGUGUAAUCUUAUGCAUUUUAAUACCCUGGAUUACUCCAACUUCAUGUUCUUUGCUGACUUGUGCAGUUAAAGGAUGUUUUAUUGAAUCUGCUCUAAUUCCUCUCAUAAUUCAUUCCACUUCGUUGUUUUUUAGUGUGCAUCAGCAGCAUUCUUUACAUUCCUCUGAAAUAAAUAGGGUUUUUUUAUAUAUGUAAUUCAUGCAAAAAUAGAUAUUCCAAAUUAGUAGAAUUAUAGUUAUUUCCUGUAGGUUGUACAGUGACUGGCAGAUUUAUCAACGUGCAAUAGAAGCGUUAAUCCCCUCAUUCAUGGAUCAGAUGGACUGUAGAUUCACUUGGCUUUCACAGUUGGACUGUCCUGGUGACUGAAGUUUAUGAAUAAAAUCUUGAGUCUGUUUAAAUCCUAUAGGACUUCAGCUAUUUGACUCGACUGGUACCAGGAUUUCACCCUUCUUUGAUUAACACCAGUAGCAUUGACAGAUUGAUUUGCACUUUGUGAGGUCUGAGCUAAAAUAGCGACUUGUUUCUGAAGUUGUUUGGUGGUUUCUUGGGCUGAAACUCACCUAAGCAAAGGGCUAGCAUGAAGCUUGUGGAGCACUUCAAUUACAAUGAAUUUUAAGGUCAGUUUUCUCUUUCGAAAUGCAUGGUAGUCUUUCUGCUCCCUAGGAUCCAGAGGAUCAACAGAUGGAGUAGAUUUUCUGUUGUGCUGAGCUGCCUAUUGCAGAAUUGAUGCUUAGGGGCACUUUUUAAAAUCUUCAUAAUUAAAAACUUUCUUUGUACACCUUGAAGUCGGAGCUGCUGGUUUCUGCCACGUUCACAAGCAGCUUAAAAGCCAAUGGAGUUUUAUUUUUUAAUUUAUAAGUUCUUAGGCAGAAUACUUGCCACGUCACCCUGCCCAGUAUCCUGUUUAUAAACAUUUCUGUUGUACUCCAUGAGUUCUUUCCACUGAUGUACUCAAGGGAAGGGGGAAAAAAAACAGUCACUGAAUAACUGUUGUUCCUCUCUCGUUUCAGAAUCUCAGAAAAAAAUCUCAGAGGGUGGCCAGCUAAGGAGUUAGGAUCUGUAUAUUUAUCCAGAGUUUAGGAGUAUAUGGAUCCUUGAUAUAGGUUUGGUUGCUUAUUCCUAAUCCUUAAUUGAUCUCAGUUAAAUUAAAACAAUUUACACCAGAUGAGGAUCUGGCCUAUAGAUUUGUAAUAGUCUAAUCUCCAUCUCACAUCUGGCAAUACAUACUGUAUAUUCUUGCACACAACAUGUACCUUUCCCCUGUGAAUCAGCUUCAUAAAGUUGAGGUGUGUGCAUUAAGUGGGGAAGCUGAUCUCUCUGACUGGGAUAGAAGCACCCUGCUUUGAUUCCCGCUUCCCAGUACAGCAGCUGGUGCAUUAUGAUUCAGGCAGCUGAAGGAGGGCCUUGUUGCACCUUAUGCUCUGAGCCACAUAAAAGUUGAUCAGUGUUAGUGCUACCUUGGCGUUUGGAGCAGUCGCACCCUUAGUCUACAAACCUUCUCUGACUGUCCCUCAGCUGUCGAGUUGUGACUUUGUCACUAGGGGCAUCUAUACACGUUCUGGUGUGGUGGGGAGGUGCUUUUAGUUAAAGCAGCUCUGAGAGCUGCUGUAAUUAAAAUGCCUGCAGUGUCACGUGUAUCAGCAUCCCUGUGCUUCAAAAUGGCAGCAGGGGCACUUGAACUACAGCUUGUUCGACAAACUUUAGUUCAAGUGCCCCCGCUGACAUUUUGAAGCAUGGGAAUACUAAAUAGUCUUGACAUGGAGGCUGCUGGAGCAUGUUAAUUAACACGCUUCAGCAGCUAAUUGGCACACAUUAGAGCAGACCUCCAGCAUGUGUAGGUGCCCUAGAUUGGUGUUUCUCAACCUGUGGGUCACAACCCAAAAGUGGUUUGCAAAAAUAUACGAAAGGGUUACAAACAAACUUUAAAAUUGGAUUCUUCUGUAAAGGAGAAAAACAUGGGAAACUGGGGUUUGUCCCUUGCAGGCUGGCAGAGCGUUAGCCUGCCAGGGGCUGCUUGGGGCCCCCUAUGCCUCAUGCAUCCACCUCUGUCCCACUCGCUGUGAGGCUGGGGGUGGGGGGCAGCAGGUCAGGAGUGAGGGGCACGGUGUGGAGACUGGCCCUCAAUGUUUACAAAUUGGUCCUGGUCUGAACAAGGUUGAGAACCACUGCCCUCAAUGCCUGGUGAGCAGAGACAGGACUAGGAGCUGUUGCUGAGUUGCCACUUAAGGGCUUGUGAGUCAGGACAGGUUUCUGUCCCUGCUGUACAGGUGGGGGCGAGAGAUACCUGAGGACUUCAAUUUGUGCAGCAAAUCUGUGGGAAGUAGCACACCUGAAUUGUUCAGGGGCUGCCAGUGAAACCCUGGCAUAACUUUGAGCUGCAUAACAAAUGCUUAAAACUACUUUAAGGGGUGUAGGUUGUAGCCGUGUUGGUCCAAGGACUAAGAUUAGGGUGUGUAUACUAUCACAGGGCAUAUUGUUUGUGAGAUAAUACGGUGACUCCGUUGAUAUGAAUUGAGAUGAAGCUGAUUUGCACUGGGGAAGUGAGAGUAAGCUUGCAAAAAGGUGAAUUACUGAGACAUUCUUGGGAUGUGGAGUUUUUCUCUUCUGAGUAGUAAUUAGGUUUGCUAACCCUAACUUUCAUGAUGGUACUGCAGUCUGAUCUUGCGGCUUCUGGAAAGUUUUUCUGACCUUAAAUAAAGCAUGCAUUGUGAUUUACACAGUGCCUGAGACAAGUGUUUCCUCCUGUCCUGAUCUUUGCUUAAAACAUGUUCAUUUUGUUUUUAAUACUUAGGGACUAAAUGAUAAUUUUAAGAAGUGUAAAACUUGUUUCCUUUUUUAAAGUUUUCAGUUAUUAUCUCUGAACUAAAUGGAAUGAAGGACUCAUUAAAGGCAGUUACGGUUAGAAGAACAACUGUAAAAUUGGCAUUUCAAAACCUUCUCAAAAUGAAUGGGAAUGUUUUUCAUUCACUUCCAUGAAUACUGGAUCAUACUAAUAGACAUUAGAGUUUCAUAGUAGCUAGGGUUAGGAGGGAUCUGAACAGAUCAUCUAGCCUGACCCCCUGCCACAGGCAGGAAUGAAUGCUGGGUUCACAAGACCCCAGACAGGUGAUCAUCCAACCUCCUCUUGAAUUUGCCCAGGGUAGGGGCGAGGACCACUUCCCUGGGAAGUUGGUUCCAGAUUUUGGCCACCCUAACUGUAAUAUAUUGCCUUCUGAUCUCUAACCUAAACCUAGUCUUCAUCAGCUUACUACCAUUGUUCCUUGUCACCCCAGGUGAUGCUGGGGAGAAAAGGGCUCUGCCUAUUUGCUGUUGAUCUCCCCUGAUGAGUUUAGGCGGCCACCAGGUCCCCCCUCAGCCUCCUCUUGCUGAGGCUGAACAGGUUCAGGUCCUUCAGUCUCUCCUCGUAGGGCCUGUCCUGCUGCCCUCUCACCAUCCUUUUUGAAGUGCGGUGCCCAGUACAGGACGCAGGACUCCAACUGCGGCCUGACCAAAGUCGCAUAGAGGGGGAGUAUCACUUCUCUGGACUGGCUUGAGAUGCACCUUUGGAUGCAGGACCAAGGUAUGGCUGGCCUUGCUGGCUGUGAUCUGACAUUGGCAGCUCAUGUUCAUCUUGGAGUCAGUAAUGACUUCAAGAUCCCUUUCUGCCUCUGUGCUUUCAAGAAGGGAACUCCCCGGUCUGUAUGUAUGCUAUAGAUUUCUUCUCCCAAGGUGCAGCACCCUGCAUUUGUCUACAUGAACCCCAUCCUAUUCUCAUCUGCCCACUGUCUAAAUCUAGUUGCAGCCUUUCUCUCCCUUCAAGUGUUUCCACCUCGCCCCACAUCUUAGUGUCAUCAGCAAAUUUGGACAGCGUGCUUUCCACCCCCUCGUCCAAGUCGCUGAUGAAGAUGUUAAACAGUGCGGGCCUGAGGACCGAGCCCUGGGGUACCCCACUGCUCACAUCUCGCCAGGUUGAGUACAACCCGUUCACCACUACUCUCUGGGUGCACCCCAUCAGCCAAUUUUUUUACCCAUCCAACUGUGCAGGCAUCAAUGCCACAGUCACUUAAUUUAUUGAUGAGAAUGGGGUGAGAGACCAUGUCAAAGGCCUUCUUAAAGUCUAGAAAGACUACGUCCAGUGUGAUACCAUCAUCCAAGGAUUUAGUUACUUGGUCAUAAAAGGCAAUCUUCUUAUCUUCCUGCCAAUUCCUACUGCUUCUUGUGGGACAUUUAUUUAAUAUGUUCACUGUCCAGUGAUCUACAUUUUCCCUCCUGUUAUUUCAGCCAUAACUUCCAUUUAUACCUGCUCCAUUAUUUUUUCAAGUAUUAGUGUUAGUAGACUUCAAGAACACACUGAAUGGUUUUGUAUAUCUUCCUGAGAGACUGAUCCCAGGACCACUGGGUGAGCUUUGGGUCAGACCCAUAAUCAUUACUUAUCCAAAGGUGUGUCGGCUAUGACAACUUUGUAGUUGUGUUCCAUACAUUAAUUUCUCUCACCUCCUUGAUUACAUUUGUCGUGCUAUACAGUCAGCCUUUUUUUUUUUUUUUUUUAGCAUAGUUUAUAGAUUGCCAGAGGUCACUUUAAAAACUUUUGGCUCUUCAGAGCCUUUCAGAGAACUGAAUUGCACAUUCCAUCUGUCCAGGUUUCUUUUGUCACAUGGUAUUGGAGCGAUUGCAUCAAAAUCCUGUCAGCUAAGUCUUGAGCUGACUUCCUAUUUGUUGCUAUGAUUUUUCAGUGUUGUGGGUGAGCUGGAUUUACGUAAAGAGUUUGGAGCUCUUUAUCUCACCUGUCACGCACACUGCAGAUUUUGCAAAGAUCUGAAUUGGGAACAUCUCUAACUGUAAAGCUAGAUCGUCAUUUGGCUUAAAUUUAGGGGAUCCACUGAAAUCACUACCAAGGAUAAGAUGUAUAAUAUUAAAAAACAUUGACCAUGGCUCUAAUGCAGACUUUUGUACCAUAAUCACUCCUGCUCACAUGCUGCCCAAACUAGUGUCAUCAUUUCAUUGAAAAACAGAAGCCAUUGGAACCUAAACAAAGCCCCUUUCACUAGAGCAGUGUUCUCGCAAUUAAUUUUUGUUCAAACUGGAACAAUUUUAUCUUCUCUAAUAGGUUUUUUGGCUUGUGUUUGAUUCCGGGUAAAAGCAAAAACUUGCAGAAGAUGCUUCUGUUUUGCUUCUUGGAUGGCUGUAUAAACAGAUUGCAUUCAUUAAAGGGUCAUAUCAGAUUCACAUCACAAAACAAGUUGGAGACAUUUUAGAAGUCGCACUGUAGUCACAUCACAUAUGCUAUAGCACAUGCACAGCUGUCUGAUGGGCUGUUGCCUUCUCCAGGGACAUCUUUGAAAACCUUUCUGGACAUCUUGACCACGUUUCACCCUAUCUCUCUGGUGCAUCGCGGUACUUGUCAGAUCCACAUUAUGUUCUUGGACAUAGACAUUGCUUGACUGGAAAACCUCAGGGUUUUCUUUUCCUUUUUGCUUGGAAGCAGUCUCUUCCUGCUAUUCCUAGUCCAUAUGCACAUGCACACCUACUGAAGGACCUGAUCCUGAAGUCCUGAUUUAAGCAAAACUCAGUUCAGUGAACAUUUUUGCCUGAGUGAGGGGUCCAGAUCUAGUCCCGAGUGAGUAGUGUGUCUGUGUGGGUUUAUCUGUUUAUCUGCCAUGCUUCCACGGAGUCUUUUGAGAACAAGAUGGUUACAGUGUUAAGUUGCUUCUUGCUUUUGAUAAAGUCAGUGGGAAAAUGUUAACCUACGCUAAAACUGUUGCAGUUUCUCCGCUGAGUAAACUAGAGGGCUGUAAGGACAUCAAGUAUUAUUAUCGCUGAUCAGUUUAGCUCAGGCCUAGUCUCCUUUCUCUGCCUUUCAAUUUAUUUUGUAGAAGUGAGUUAAAGUUAGCAUUGUGUUUCCCUGCCACAUGUCUGUAGAAGGAAAAAGGGGCCUGAAUGAGAAGUUUGUAUCUGAAUAGCUGUGAAAGUUGAGAGAAACUUUGAAGCUGCUCUUUAAUUCUGCAAUGGACCAAACUCAAAAUUUUCCUCUGAAUAUGCUCGAACUUUGAUAAGAUGUGAAUCAGACUCGGAUAUUUUUGUAGCAUGGGCCCAUCUCGAUCUAUGGCCUGACAUUUUCUUCUUUCUCCUGUUGUUUUCCAUUCUUGAACUUGUUACAGGGGCGACUGGCGUGCAAGUGGUUAAAACUCUUGUUGAUAUCCUAGAUGGUUGAUGAGUGAUUUAAUUUCUCUCCUACCUGAGUGGUUCAUCAGUACUAACACCUGAGCUAGCAAGUGUUGAUGCUACCUAAGUGGACUUGGGAGAACGAAUUGGGUGUGUUAGCUUUCUUGCAUUUCCACAAAUGACUCCGUUUCAAGAAGCUCAACACUUCUUUUUUCCCCCCUCUUGUUUUGGCUUGAGCUCUGGCUGAUGUAAGUUUUGUUUUUGCUCCUUGGCCUUCCUUACAGUUUAGAAGCUCAACCAAGUUCCAGAGACAGUGGGCUUCUAUAGACAUGUGGGGAGCCUGAUCCGAUGCACUGGAAAUCCAGUGUUGUAGCGGACUCAAUUAAUAGACUGCUGGAGCACAGAAAUUGACGUGCUCCAGCAGCCUUCCAUGUAAUGUGUAUCGGCAUCCCUGCACUGAAAAUACAGUGGCAGGGUGCUUUGAAAUAAGACACAUUUGAGUUUUAGUUCAAAGCGCCCCGCUGCCAUUUUUUCAGCACAGGGACAUGACACAUGGGCACUUUUUAAUUAGCAUAGCUCACUAACUAAUGCACCCGGUGCCACAUCCCAAAUCACAUAUAAAAAUGCCAUUUGUGGUUGUUCCUUCUGCCUAGGAAUUUGCACCAUUGCCUGUUAAAUUCCUUCCUUUUUCUUGGUAUGUUGCCUACACAAUUCAGGCUUUUUUUUGUUGCUGCCUUUGUUGUCUGGCCAGUUGGAGAUCCUUGUGAGACUUCGCCCCUAUUGGAGAGAGACAGCUGUUGGAUGUCUGUAGAGUAGGGAAUAAGGAGGGUGGCACUUCCCUUUUUCCAAGGAAUUUUGAUGAGUACUAAAUAUUACCUUCAUCUUUCAGCCCUUACUGUUAGGAAAAUUGCCUUAAAGGUUUUAUUAAGGUCUUGUGAACCCAGCAUUCAUUCCUGCCUGUGGCAGGGGGUCAGGCUAGAUGAUAUGUUCAGGUCCCUCCUGACCCUGCCUACUAUGAAACUAUUAUUUAACCAUGCCUGCAAUCUGUAUCCUCUUUCUCUAACCUGUGUUAUCCUCUGUCACUGUUGUCUUUAUUUUGCUGCAGGCAUGCUCCAAAAAUAGUUUAAUUUUCAUUAAAGAUGUAUAACUGACUGCCAUACAGAAGGGGACAGAUCCUGAGCUGAUGUAAAUAGGUACACAUUCAUUAGAAACAAGGAAAUAAUAUUUUCUAGUGCCUUAAGUGAUUAGAGAGUCUAAUCCUGUUUUCAAAGGUGAUUUUUUUUAAAGGUAUUUAGGCUGCUAAAUAUAUAGGGAAGUGUCUAGGGGGCCUGACUCAUUGAAAUCAAUAAGAGGUGUCUAGCUGCUUUUGAAAAUCCUACUAGUGGUCCAGCUCAGCAAAAUACCACUGAGCUGAUUUAGGACUCUUUCAUUACCAGAAGUAACAAAUACACUCCUGUUUUAACAUUGGGAGUUAAGAUCCUCAAUUACUUGGAGAUUUUUGAAAACGUUAAUUCAGUGCAUCUCAAAUGAUUGGAUAAAAGUAAAAAACAAAAACAAAAAAACAAAAAAAAAAUCCCCCCCCCCACUUGAAUUACAUUUAAUCUCUUAAUAUCAGUAAUGAAAGCAAAUGACAUUUUCAUUUGAGCACAGUAAUGGAAAAAAGAAGAAAUUUAAAAAGUGAACCCAAACCUAACCUAUGUACAAGGAAAAAAAUGAAUCCCACUUUAGCCAUAUUGAGUUCUAAGUCACAAAAUAUUUUUUCUCUGUUGAGGAACUUGGUUGAUACUUGUCGCUUGGAUGUUCUUUAUUUAAAAUACAUAAUGCUGGGAUAAAUUCUAUUUAAAAUAUUACAAGUGAAGCUCUACAGGAGAGAAAUGGGCAGCCUCCCAUUCCAGUGGGUUACUAGAUUAGGAAAAGUAGUUGACCCCAAUGAGAGCUGUUCUGUGAUCUGCAGUGGUAGAAAAUGCAGCUGUGCCUGCAGAGCAGUUGUCAAAAUUAUGAAUUGAACAAACUUCACAUGUUUGUCAGCAGCAUACCUUCCACAGAUUUACAAGUCAGACUUGUAGUGAUGAAGAUAUAAGAUUCAUUGCUGCAGAUUUACUGUCAUUAUUUAUUUUUAUAAUUGUAAAUGGCAUUUUUAAAAAGUUGGAUGUCUAAUUUAACUAUGUAUUUUUUUAUUUUUUUUGGUAGCAAAAACAUUCCUGAACAAUGCUGCUUCCCUUUUUCAAUGCUUUGCCUUCUAUAUUAAAAGCUGCUUUAAAUUCACUGCAGUUAUUUUCAGACCAGAUUAUCCAGUGGACCAGGGAGAACCUCCCUCUGAAACUCUAGAGAAAAAUUAAAUCCUGUGUCAUGGUUCUCAUGACAUUGAAGAGGUGGGAUUUUCAAAAAUACACAAUGAUGGCUUAAUUCUGUUUCCAUGAAAAUCCCACUGACUUCUAGUGUAAUAAAUAACUACCUCUGGAAUUAAAGAACAUAUCCCACUAGGAACAAUAUGUGCUUUGGAGAACCCCAUCACAAAAAGUAAUGUCACAUGAUAUUAAGGUGUGUGCUGUUGACCUAGCAAUCUUCCAUUUCAGUCAGUGGAAAGAUUACCUUUAAGUAAUUGGAAUUAGAUUGGGGAGAGGAGGUGUACAUAUGUACUUCUGACUACUCUUACAGGGAUGCUGGCCAUCUAUCUGCAGCUUGUUGCUUUCAAACAAAGCUGUAUGUACUCAGCAGCUCUAAAAUAGGUACUAGGUUGCAUUAACUGAUGCUAUUGGUAUUAAACGUUUAAUGCCAUGACCUGGGGAUAUAUCCCUCUUGAAUUCAGGAGAGUUACCAAGCCAUUGCUCUAUAGACACAUGGCUUGGUAAGUCUACUGAAUAUAUAUAUUCUUUGCAAGUAUGAACAUUUUGAUUCCUUUGUGAUUCUUGACAUAAUGACUUGGUUUUAAAACCACUACAGGCUGCAAGAUGUUUUGUUAUUCCUUCAUAGGCAAAUCAGCAAUAAACGCAGCUUUUUAAAUUGGCUCUGAAGAAAGAAUCAGAGCUAAGCUUUGGAAAAGGGAUGUUGCAUCCCCUCAAAGUGAAAAAGCAUAUGAUUUACAAACACUGUAAAGCAAGGUGUAUAAAUGUCUGUGUUUUUAAAACAUUGUAUUAACUGUUGUAAAGUUUGUAAAUAUGUUGGUUUGUUGUUGUUUUUUUUUAAAUAAAUGUAGUUUUUAUGGGUGAACCAGCAAACAUA